AUGAGCACCCAGUCCACAAACCUACUACGGAACUUGGCAGUUCAGAGCUUGCUGAGGGAUAGGACGUUGGCCAUGGAGGCCCUGGAAUAUUUGCCAAGAGAUCUCUUCCCACGACUGUUCAUAGAGGCCUUCAAAAGGGGCCAUGGGGAGGUUCUCAAGGCCAUGGUGCUGUCCUGGCCCUUUCCCUGCCUGCCCCUGGGAGCCCUGAUAAGCAUAAGGAAUGCAGGGACUUUGGAAACUCAGGAAGAUGAUGGCCAGAUGCUGGAAAGUAUGUUCUGCGCUGUGCUGGAUGGGCUUGAUGUGUUGCUGAGAAAGAAGGUUCACUCCAGGAGGUUGAAACUGCAAGUGCUAGAUAUGAGGGACGAGCACCAGAAUAUCUGGAGAGUCUGGGCUGGAAAUGACUUGCAAGUCUGCUCUGAAAAACCCAUGAAGAGGAGAAAAACAAAGAAGCCUGCGUCAAGAGUAGCAAAAAAGGAGCCUUUCAAGGUGACUUUAGAUCUCUGGCUCAGUCAGGGAAAUCUGUGUCCAGUGAAAUCCUACCUCCUCCAGUGGGCGAAGGCCAGAGGAGAUCUGGUGGAGCUGGAGUGUAAGAAUCUGUAUAUAACAACCGCGUGCUUUCCAACGGCCGUGGAGUUCCUGGAAAUGCUGACCCUUGAUUCUGUACAGGCUGUCUUUGUGGGUCAGGGCUGGACACUGUUUACCUUGGCUCAAUUUGCCCCUUUCCUGGGCCAGAUGCAAAACCUUCACAGACUCGUUCUCAGUGAAGUCUCUCUGCCGGCCACCCUUUCCCCAAUUUAUGUGGACUCUGUGAAUUUGGUAGAAGGCCGCUUGGACCGGGUACUCAGGUGCCUCCCAUCCACGCUGAAGACCCUCUCAUUAAUUCACUGCCAGCUCUCACACUCUGACUGGAUCCAGCUGCCACAGGCUGAGCAGACCAGACAGCUGAAAGUCCUGAUUCUGAAUUGUAUCCCACUGACUGGCUUUAGCCCUGAGCCCCGCCAAGUUCUGCUGAAGAACAUUGCAGCCACCCUGACCAUCCUGCACUUGGAAAACUGUGGGAUCACAGAGGAGCAGGUCUGUGCCUUUCUGCCUUCCCUGAGCUGCUGCUCCCAGCUUACUACAUUCUGCUUCGCAAGGAAUUUCAUGGGAGGGAAAUUUCGUGGGAAGCUCCUGGGCCACACUGCCAGGCUGAGCAACUUAAUCCUGGAGGUGUACUCACCUCCUCCAGAGCUUUGUGUUUCUAGGCAUAGGAUGGACCUGCAGCUACAAAACCAGCUACACCAAGAGCUGAGGAGGAUCGUGAAGCCACCAAAGCAUCCCUGGACUGUCUGCUUCUGUACUUUUCACUGUGAACGUAGUUACCACCAGAAAGACUAUAACAUGCACCCUCCACCAUGCCGCGCCUACAUCCCCGUCUAG